AUGUCGCACAAGCCAGCCUCAGCCUUGAAGACCAUUCCACUCGUUUGGCCCUUCGCUGUUUGGGGAUUGGACAUGAUUGGACCGUUGAGGACUGGCAGAAGCGGCUUCACUCAUUUGCUAGUAGCAGUCGACAAGUUCACCAAGUCGAUCGAAGCCAAGCCCAUCAAGAACCUCGAUGCAUGCACUGCUAUCAGCUUCAUCAGAGAGUUGAUAUUCAGAUAUGGAGUUCCGCAUAGCAUCAUCACUGACAAUGGGUCAAACUUCGAUAAUGAAAAGUUCAAAGCCUUCUGUGCCUCUCAAGGCACGCGGGUCGACUAUGCUUCAGUGGCUCAUCCUCAGUCGAAUGGACAAGCAGAAUGUGCAAACGGCCUCAUUCUCAAAGGGCUGAAACCUCGGCUGAUGCGUGAUCUCAAACACGCAGCAGGAGCUUGGGUCGACGAACUUCCAUCAGUUCUCUGGGGAUUGAGGACCACUCCUAAUCGGUCGACUGGGAGAACUCCAUUCUUCCUGGUUUAUGGAGCUGAAGCGGUUCUGCCGAGUGACCUGCUUCACAAUGCGCCUCGAGUCGAGCUAUACUCUGAAGAGGAAGCAGAACAAGCCCGACAAGAUGCCGUCGACCUCUUGGAAGAGGAAAGAGAGAUGGCCUUGAUCCGCUCGACUAUCUAUCAGCAAGACUUGCAUCGAUUCUAUACCAGAAAUGUGAAAAGUCGAGCCUUCCAAGAGGGAGAUUUGGUCCUCCGAGUGGAUCAACAGAAACCACACAAGCUUUGGGUGGCUUAG